AUGCUGGUGCUGUUUGAAACGUCUGUCGGCUACGCCAUCUUUAAGGUUUUGAAUGAGAAGAAACUUCAAGAGGUUGAUAGUUUGUGGAAAGAAUUUGAAACUCCAGAGAAAGCAAAUAAAAUAGUUAAGCUAAAACAUUUUGAGAAAUUUCAGGAUACAGCAGAAGCAUUAGCAGCAUUCACAGCUCUGAUGGAGGGCAAAAUCAACAAGCAACUAAAAAAAGUUCUGAAGAAAAUAGUAAAAGAAGCCCACGAACCCCUGGCUGUUGCUGAUGCUAAACUAGGAGGGGUCAUAAAGGAAAAGCUAAAUCUCAGUUGCAUCCAUAGUCCUGUUGUUAAUGAACUUAUGAGAGGAAUUCGUUCACAGAUGGAUGGAUUAAUACCUGGGGUAGAACCACGAGAAAUGGCAGCUAUGUGUCUUGGGUUGGCCCACAGCUUGUCCCGAUAUAGAUUGAAAUUUAGUGCUGAUAAAGUGGACACAAUGAUUGUUCAGGCAAUUUCUUUGUUGGAUGAUUUGGAUAAAGAACUAAACAACUACAUUAUGCGGUGUAGAGAAUGGUAUGGCUGGCAUUUCCCUGAAUUAGGAAAAAUAAUUUCAGAUAAUUUGACAUACUGCAAGUGUUUGCAGAAAGUUGGUGACAGGAGGAAUUAUGCCUCAGCCCAACUUUCUGAAUUACUGCCCGAGGAAGUUGAAGCAGAAGUGAAAGCAGCUGCAGAGAUAUCUAUGGGAACAGAGGUUUCAGAAGAAGAUAUUUGCAACAUUCUGCAUCUCUGCACUCAGGUGAUUGAAAUCUCAGAAUAUAGAACCCAGCUCUAUGAAUACCUACAAAAUCGAAUGAUGGCCAUUGCCCCCAAUGUCACAGUCAUGGUUGGAGAAUUAGUUGGAGCACGGCUUAUUGCUCAUGCAGGUUCUCUUUUGAAUUUGGCCAAACAUGCAGCUUCCACAGUUCAGAUUCUUGGAGCAGAAAAGGCACUAUUCAGAGCUCUGAAGUCUAGACGGGAUACCCCUAAGUAUGGUCUCAUUUAUCAUGCUUCGCUUGUAGGCCAGACAAGUCCCAAACACAAAGGAAAGAUUUCUCGAAUGUUGGCAGCCAAAACCGUUUUGGCUAUCCGGUAUGAUGCUUUUGGUGAAGAUUCCAGUUCUGCGAUGGGAGUUGAGAACAGAGCCAAAUUAGAGGCCAGGUUGAGGGCCAUUGAAGAUAGAGGGAUAAGAAAAAUAAGCGGGACAGGAAAGGCAUUAGCAAAAGCAGAAAAAUAUGAGCAUAAAAGUGAAGUGAAGACUUAUGAUCCUUCUGGUGACUCCACACUGCCAACCUGUUCUAAAAAACGCAAGAUAGAACAGGUAGAUCAAGAGGAUGAAAUAAUUGAAAAGAAGGCAAAAAAAGCUAAGGUUAAAAUUAAAGUUGAAGUAGAAGAGCAAGAAGAAGAAGAAGAAGGAGUACUAGUGGUGGAAGAACAGGAGACAUCUGUAAAGAAGAAGAAGAAAAAGGAUAAGAAGAAACACAUUAAGGAAGAACCGCUUUCUGAGGAAGAACCAUGCACCAGCACAGCGGUUCUUAGUCCAGAGAAAAAGAAGAAAAAGAAGAAGAAGAAAGGUAAUGAGGACUAA